AUGCCCUCGAAAGACUAUGUUUACAAGACCUCUGGGUCUCUGGAAAUUGCGGCUACAAUGUACUAUCGUCAGGAUGAAACCCGCUCGUCCAAGAAGCCCAUCGCUAUCGGAUUCCAUGCCGGUGGCUUCACUAUCGGCUCAAGAUUCCUCUUCAAUUCAAAUGAAAUAGAUGCCCUACUGGAUCUCGGGUUCGUGGUGGUGUCAGCAGAUCACCACCUAUGUCCCCACGUGUCACUAUACGAGGGACCCAUCCAAGAUGCAAAGGAUGCUUUCAACUGGGCACGGACAACACUGCCAGAUCUAGUUAAAAAGGAUGCCGAUAUUGAUGUUGAUGGGGACCGAAUUGUGGCAUUUGGGCAGUCUUCCGGUGGAACAUUAGCUCUUCAUCUGGGAAGCCUUCCAACCCCACCACGCGCAAUUGCCGCAUUCUACGCUGCCGCGUACUUCGAUGAUGAUAUCUGGACACAGCCAACUCCUGGCACAGAAAUGAUCCCUCCGAUUGAUAAGGCAUUCGCAGACAGCGUGUACGACGAGGCUCCUGCCUCAAUGACAAUUGUGGCACCCCAGCAGUUCAUUGCCCCAGGUACUAUGCCGAUGCCAAAUCUCUCGGUGCCCAGAGAUGCUUGGAUGGCUCUGGCAUUCAAAGAAGGACAGCACUUGUCCCGUUGCGUUAAGGAUGGAGACUUUGGUCGUGUUGAUCCAGCGACGUACUUCUCGCCGAAGUUUCCGCCGACGGUUUUCUUGACCGGAACCGAGGAUACGUUCAUCAACCCCAAGUUCUCGAAGCAGGCACACACGCAGUUGUCGGAUUUGAAUGUAGAGACGAAGUUAGUUCUAGCCGAGGGAGGCCAGCAUGGAUAUAAUUUCGGGAUGGAAAGAGAUGAUGUGCGUUUCAAGGAAACUGUUCUUCCAGGAUAUGAGUUCUUGGCAGAUCAUGUAUAG